AUGGUUUGGUUUUUUUCAGGAGUCGAAGAAUACUGUAGGAAGAACAACUUACCGCACAAGGCUUUGCUAUUAGUCGAUAAUGCCCCUGGACAUCCUGCAACUCUCAACCAAAGCGAUGAAAAUGUGAAAGUGGUCUUCCUACCACCAAAUACCACUUCUCUGCUGCAACCCAUGGACCAAGGUGUAAUUGCUACCUUUAAAGCAUACUAUCUGUGUCGAACUUUCAGGCAGUUAAUGGAACGAUUAGACGAUAUAAUAGCUUUGGAUAAAGAUAGUCAAUUAUCAAUUAAAGAAAUCUGGAAAAAUGUUGAUAUUCUCAAGGCUGUUGAAAAUAUCGAAGCUCCUUGGAAAGAGGUAGCUAGUGGCACAAUGAACAAACCCUGGCGUAAAAUCUGCCCAGAAGGGGUUGAGUCUCCUUCCUGCAUUGAUAUCGUCAGCGAUUCAGAAAUCAACAGAGAAAUUCUUGAGAUUGCGAAAACUAUAGGCUUUGACGAAAUCGAUAAAGAGGAUAUAUUUGACGUAAUUAAUACUCCUGAAGUGCCACUUUCCAACGAAGAAUUGUUGAAUAUUGUAACAGAUGGCACAGAAUUAGUACAACCAAAUUUAGACGAGGGAGGAAAAGAGAGCAACUGGUCAACCAAAAAAAUUUCUAAAUUUUUGGAACACAUUGAGAAGGAAACCUGUACAUAUGUAUAUCUAUUCUAA